CGAAGCUGAUGCUCUUCACCGCCGUAGUUAUCUCGAUUUUCUCACACGGAGCCUCCGUCGAUGACAAAUGCGCCGCUUGUAACGCCGUCGCGGGAAUGAGUUAGGGGGGGGUAUCUUCCUUAAUACUAAAAAUGGUGAUUGGUGUUGUGCAGGAGGAAUUAGAGUUACAGCUUUUAAAGGAAAAACCACGAAACCAUCUUGAUAUGAGAAACCGACUCAAUUCUAAAGGUCAGCGUGAAGGAAAGGUUAUUGACUACAGAAUAAGCGACCUGAGGGUGGUUGAUUUGUUGGACGGGCUUUGUGAUAGAAUGCAGGACUAUACUUUACAAAAGGUGGAAUCAAAGAACAGUCAAUGGGUGAAAGUGGGAAAUUUUGACAAUCUAACAAAUAAACAGGAAGCUAAAGCGCAUGCAAAUGACAUAUCAACUUAUUGUGGAAGAUUGCUGGAAGAAACUGAAGACGAGCUCGGUGAGGUAAUAAAGAAUGGCUCCCUAAAAGCAGGAGAAGUUAGCAAGGUUCUGUGUCAAACUUUAAGUAACCACUGCAACCAAUCAAGUAGUGAAACAGACUCAGAGGAUGAGGACGACGACGAUGCAGAUGAAUUAUAGCUGAUUCCAGCUAGUGAAAAGCUCACCAUUUAUUUCCCAUCAAGUGAAGGUCUCAUUUUGGUAGCAUGUUAUUGAGAUAACUAUGUACAACUCAUAUGUACCUCAAACACUUCAUAUCUUAUGUUCUGUUGAUAACCGGGUCUCCAUGUCUUUUGUCGUCCCCAUGUUUUCUGACCAUUGUGGUGUUGCGAUCUCAUUCGAUUUCCUCUAGUCGAACUCAGCUUAACUUAAAACGGAGAGUUUACAAUGGUU